UGCAUGCAGACAGAGCAAGACGAAAGGAGGAUUUUUGCAAAAGCGGACAGGAUGCUGUUUCGGGAUGUGACAGGGAGGGAGAGUAUUGUGUGUAUGUGACAGUUUAUACAUCAUCAGAGGUAGGAUUUAGAAAUAGGAUAAAUUUUCUGCUCUGUUGGGAUGUUGUUCUGACCUUUGGAAGGUUCUUUCCCAGAAACUCUUUGAUUUUCCUGAGAUAAUCUGAAAUGUAAGAUAUUUUAGGCAUGUAGGAGGAAAUUAGUGCUCUAGCAGUAUAUACGUAGCUGUGUUUCACUCCAAGAUAGCAAUAUGGAUCCCCAGCAGCCUGUUUUUAGCCUAAUGAAGCGGUUCUGUCCUUGUCUCAGCCUGCUGCCGCUGCCAAGUCAGGACUGGAGCAAGAGCGAUGAAAGGCUGCUGCAGGCUGUGGAGCAGAAUGAACCUGACAAAGUCGCUGCCCUCAUUGUCAAAAAAGGUCUUUGUCCAACCAAACUGGAUGCAGAGGGCAAGUCAGCGUUCCACCUUUGUGCAUCUAGAGGCAGACUAGAUUGCCUGGAGGUAAUCAUAUCCCAUGGAGCAGACGUCAGUGUCACUGAUGGAGCAGGUUUCAGCGCACUUCACCUUGCUGCCAAAAACAGCCAGCCUGAGUGUUUAAAGAGACUGUUGCAGGAGAGACUGGCAGUAGAUUGCACUGACAGUAUUGGCAGGACCCCACUGCAUCAUGCAGCGAUCAGUGGCUGCUUGUCGUCCACCGAGAUACUGUGGGACUUUAAAGCAAAUCUGGAUGUCCAGGACAGUGAUGGGGCCACGGCACUGAUCCUAGCGGCCCAGGUGAGCAGAGUGGAGCUGUGUGUCUUUCUAUUGGGUCGAGGUGCCAAUGCAAACAUACAAGACAACCACGGGAGGUCUGCAUUGAUGCUGGCCUGUGAAAGCGACAGUGUUGAGACUGUAGCGGCUCUGCUGAGAGGUGGCGCAAGUACUCAGCUGGUUGACCAACUCGGGCACAAAGCAGUUGACUUUGCCACAACUACGGGCAACCAAGGCAUUGUUCGUAUGUUGCAGGAUGGAGUACCUCCAGCUUCUGAGGGCACAGGCGAGGAGCCCAUUCAAAUCCCCUCAGGCGCUUCAUCAGUGCAAGGGGGGACCACCCCCCGAAAACGGAAAGCUCCUCCACCGCCUCGCUCUGCUCUUCAGAUCCAGGACCUCUCACCUGGACCUGCCAAAUCUCCAAGUCCAGCUCCCCGUACCAAGUCACCUGAGCCACAAAAAUCUCAGUCUCCAUCUCCCCUGCCUCCUGAAACUCAGCAAUCUUCUCAGGCAGAGGAUGAGGAGGUUUUUGAGGAGAUCCGACGGCUGCGGCUUGAAAGAGGCCGACUGCUUCAGAAGAUUAAGGCCCUGGAGCAGCAGCAGCAAAGUGCCCUAUCUGCCUUAGAAGAGCUGUCCCAACUAAAGCAGCAUCUGAAGGAGGCAGAGGCUGAGAGGGAUAAACUGCUGGAGGAGCUGAAGGGGGCCCAUGGGACUGGCACCAGUGACUCAGAGGAUUUAGAUGAAAUGCUGGACUUCCCUGAGAAGCUGCUUUCAAAACGCUCCAGAGCAUCCCCUGCCCAAGAUGAAGCCUCUUCACAAACAGAGACAGACUCCACUGGCCCUUCUCCUGCUCCUCCAGACCCACGAUCAGUUGCUGAAUUGCAGAAACAAAUAGAGGAUCUAAUUUCACAGAACUCUGAGCUUGUACUUAAAGUGCAGAUGCUGGAGAUGUUUGAGAAGGAUGAUACCGACAUGCAGACCAUCAGUCCAGACUCAGUCCCUAUAACUCAGUAUGAGACUUUAAGGAAGGAGUUUGAAGCCCUUCAGGAGCGGUUUUCUCAAGCCCAGAUGUCAUUGGAAGCCUGCAGUGUUUCUGACAAGCAAAGCAGCUCCCAGAAUGGAAGUGAAGAUCCAGAAAGCACGGCAGCUCUAAAAGAAAAGCUUUGUGGGUUGGAAGAGCAGCUGGCCUCCUCCCAGUCUGAGCUGGAGGAGCUCAAGGAGCAAAUGCGUCUUGGGGUGCUCUCUGUGGAGUGUGCUGAAGGAAACAUUAGCACAGCAGACGCUCAGGCUGCAGGAGGUGCAAGCCAGGAAUUGCAGCAGCUGAGGGCCAGGGUGACAGAGUUGGAAGAGAAACUUGCAGGGAGGCAGGGCGAGGCUCAGGGUCAGAGCAGCCAGGACAAUGAGACAAUCAAACAGCUGACAGAGAAAGUGAAGGAACUCCAAGCUGCUCUGACCAAGAAAGAGUCUGAGAUAAAGGAAGAAGACAAAAGCAAAAGAGGAGAGACAGAGGCAGAAACAGUGAAGUCCCUUCGUGAUAGAGUUAUCGAACUGGAAGCAGCCCUGGCUGAGAGCAGGACAUUGGGGAAAGAAGGAGCAACAGCCGGAGAUGGGGAUCGGGUCCGACGUCUUCAGGAGCGUUUGGCUGAACUGGAGGGAGAGCUGAGGAAGUGUGUCCCACGCUCAGAGCUGGAGGAGGUGCAGGUGACACUUGGACUUCAGUGUGAACAGCUUGCCAGGGAGAGGGCAGACGUGGCUCGACGGCUCAAUGAUGCCCUUCUGGAGCUGGAGAGACUUAGACCUCAACAUGGAGAUGAUGAGGAGGAGGAAGAGGAGGAGCAUUCGGAGAGCUCAGAGCCCUCUUUCAUUUCAGAUCGAUCUAAGCAAACUUUAGCAGCAGUGAGGGAGGAAUUGGAGGUGGCGAGGCAGGAAGCAGCCCAAGCUCUGGAUUGUCUUUGUGCAGAGCGGGAGAGCAGGGCACAGGACGCCCUGCAGUUAAAAGACGCUGUGCCCCUUUCAAAGCAUAAAGAGGCACUGUCUGCAGUGUCAGAGCAGCUUUCUCAAACUCUUCAGGAGCUUCAAGAGGAGAAAACUCUACGAGUUAAUGCUGAGGAGCAGACUGCUAAGCUACAGGCAGAGCUACAAGCCAAACAGGAUGCCAUUCCUAAAGAGGAGCACGAGAAGGUCAAGGAAGAGCUCCAGCGCACCCUGCAGGCCAGUGAAAAGAGUGCAGCAGCCGCACAAGAGGCUCUCAGUGAAAAGGAAAUGGAGCUCAGAGAGCUGAAGUCCCAGAAAGCUGCAGAACACGGUCUGAUAUCCAAGGAAGACCACGAGGCCUUGCGACUUUCUCUGCAGGCAGAGAUCAAUGCCAUCACGGCACGCUUCAAUGACCUCACCAGGAAACAUGAGAAGACAUGCACAGAGGUUUGUGCAGCAUGUUAUUGGGUGUUCCAGGUGCAGAGGGAGGCGCUAUUUCACAAGAGUGAGAGACAAGCAGCAGAGUCCCAGGUGAUCACAGUACAGAAGCAGCUCUCUGAACUUCAAGCUCAGUCCAGACACAUCCAAGAGCUCCACAAAGACAUCCAAGAGUCCCAGGGUCUUGUCAAAGAGAAGGAUCGUAAGAUAACAGAGCUUUCCAAAGAAGUGUUCAGACUCAAAGAGGCCUUGGGAGCCCUUUCACCUCCUCUUGGUAUAUCAUCAUCCUCUUCAUCCUCUUCUACUCAACAUGGUAAUCCAGGGCAGCAGGUGGCACUGCAGAACAGGAUUGGCAUUCUCACCCAACAGCUUCAGGAUUGGGAAAGAAAGCACAAACAAGUUGUGGCUGUGUACCGCUCCCAUUUACUAGCAGCUGUACAGGGUCGCAUGGAUGAAGAGGUGCAACGUCUCCUGCUUCAAAUCCUGAAGAUGACACAGCAGGAACACUGAAGUCUCUGCACAUCCCUACAACACAUCUGCAGCGCCAUUGCUUUAAUCCAUAGAAUCAAGAUAACAGAAACCUCAAUCACAAAGCCAAACACAGCCAAUCUGUGGUUGGACAUUGCUGCAUGUGUAUAAUAUAAAACCUAAACCUAAAAGAUUUAAUGCCUGCAUGAAAAGCAAAUGUCAAGGGAAUUAAAAGGGUUGCCUUUUUUUAUCUGUAUGAUUUGAUGAUAGAAGAAAUGUAGAUACAGAGUGGGUAUUUUGAUCAUGAUUGUGUGACAAGAUUUUACACAAAGUUGUUAUAAUUAAAAAGGAAAACAAAUGCUCUGCUUGUAAUAUUUUUUAUUAAAAAAUCAUUUAUUUUCUUAAGGCUCUAGAAUAUCAGCCAACAGCAGUCAUGUAUGUUAACUCUGUAAAAGCUCCUUAAAGCUGACGAGAAGAUGAAGCUUAAUGCGGGGUAAUUCUGGAUGACAACCUGUCCUGCAAAAGGCCUCCAAAUGUAGUAGAGAUCUAACUUCCAUCCAACAACCCUAGUAUAGUUCAGAUCAAACCACAUUCUUAUGUAAGAAUAACCCUCUCAAAUGCUGUCAGACUUAAAUCCCACUGAGGAUCAGUGGCUUUAACAGCUAAAAACUGCUGCUCACAGACAGCUUUCAUUCAGUCCAUCGGAGCUUACCCAUUUUGCAUAAAACUUGCCAAAAUGUUUAUAUCUACGCAGGUAUAAGUGGCAGAGAAUAUCUCUACAGUCCAACUGUAGUUAGAGCAAAGUGUGGUUGUUUUUAAUAUUCAGCGGGAGAGCUGAAUACAUUCAUGUAUAUAUGCUUAACAAAAGUUUUUGAUUUUUAAAUGUAAAAAAAACAGAGACAAUCAUGUCACACUUUGUGCUCUUUCUUCACCCAAAAACAAAUCACAACCAACUAUUUUGAUUGGAUAUAAAAAAAAAAUCUUUUAAAUUAUAAGGAUAAACUUACAUAAAGAAAUGAAAACAAUCAAAUAAUAAAAAAACAAAACAUUAAAAAGGUACAUUUUUUUUAAGUCAGGGAAGUGGAAUUUAUCAGUAAUCCCAUUGUUAAGCUUUGCAAAAUGGCAUUUUAUCUACAUAAGGUCAGGGCAUUCACAUUGUGUUGCUGUGAUUUUUGAAAGUAUUUAGCCCAUUGAACUUGUCAACUUUUUUGCCACUUUUUAGGCUUCAAAUAUAAAGAUAUAAAAUUGUACUUUUUUGUGAAGAAUCAACAAGUGGGACACAAUCAUAAAAUAGAACGAAAUGCAUUGGAUAUUGUAAACUUUUUGUACAAAUAAAAAACUGAAAAAUUUGGUAUGCAAAAUUAUUCAGCCCCCUUGAGUUAAUACUUUAUAGCGCCACCGUUUGCUGCAACUACAGCUGCAAGUCGCUUGGGUUAUGUCUCUAUUAGUUCUUCACAUAAAAAGACUGACUUUUUCCCAUUCUUCCUUGCAAGACAGCUUGUAUGGAGAGCGUUUGUGAAACGUAUUUUGCAGUUCUUGCCACAGAUUCUCGAUUAGAUUCAGGUCUGGACUUUAAAUUGGCCAUUCUAACACCGGGGUAUGUUUAUUUGUGAGUCAUUCUAUUGUAGAUUUGUCUUUAUGUUUCAAAAUAUUGGCUGGUUGAAAGAUAAAUCUCCAUCCCAGUGUCAGGUGUCAGGUUUUCUUCCAGCAUAGUCCAGUAUUUGGCUCCAUCCAUCUUCCCAUCAAAUUUAACCAUCUUCUCUGUCCCUGAAGAAAAGAAGGCCCAAACCAUGAUUCUGCCACCACCAUGUUUGACAGUUGGGUUGUUGUGCGUUCAGGGUUAUGAGCUGUAGAUCUCUGCAGUUUAUUCAGAGUGAUCAUGGGCCUCUUGGCGGUAUUUCUGAUCAGUCUCCUUCCAUUUCACUAUUAUCCCUUGCACAGUGCUCCUUGGGAUGUUUAGGGCUUGGGAAAUAUAUUUUUGUAUCCAAAUCUGGCUAUAAACUUGUGCACAGCAGUAUCUUCGACCUGUCUGGUGUUUUUCUUGUGCUUUACGAUGCUCUCUGAACUUUAAACAGAACCCUGAUACUAUCACAGAGCAGGUGCAUUUAUACUUUAGCUGAAUUCUAUUUAUCAUCAUCAGUCAUUCAGAGAGCCAAACUGAUCUUCUGCAGAGUUUGCUGUACUGAAGAUAAAGAGUCCGAUUAAUUUUUAAAGCCCAAUCUUUAGUUUGUUAUUUGUUAAAAAAAACCUAUAAAAAUAUCGAAAACAUUUCAUUCCACUUCUUUACAAAAUUACAAUUUUAUAUCUUCAUGUUUGAAAACUGAAAUGUGGCAAAAAGUCAAAAAGUUCAAGGGGGCUGAAAUGCUUUCGCAAAGCACCGUAAUGUUGGAUUAGCAUUUCCUUUCUGAAUUUGUCUAUUUUUUUCUGGCAUGCAAAGUGAUUUUUAUAUCAUGUUAUUAAAUAUUACACAAUGGCUUUCAGUGUAAGAUUAACCAGCAGUAGAGGUCUACUAACGUACAUAACAUCAAACAUAGGCUCUGAUCCUUAUAUAAACCAAUUAUUUCACAUCAGUACUAGCGGGAGAGUUUAUCACUUAAUUUGAGUCUAACUUGCUAAAGCUGGCAGUCCCAGUGGUAUAAAGCUAGUAAUGGUCAGAGGGAAGAAUAUUUUCUCUAGCAUGUGUAGUUGAAAUGCAACACCCCUGAUUCUUUUCAGAGAUGUUUUUAAUCAUUGCUAGACGUGGAGGAUCUAAGUUAUUGCAAUUAUCUCAUGAUUUAUGAAGAUCAGCACACAUCUACAUAUUGAAAUGACAUGUUCUCCUGUCGUUCUCAUUUUAAAGUCUGAUUAUGAAGAAAAGGCCUCCAUCAUCUAAUAUUUAUAGAAGUAAAAAAGGAAGUCAGAUUAAAUGUAUCUAGACACCUAUAAACGUUGAAAAAGGGAUUAUUAUAAAAUGCUGUGUAAAUUAUCUUAUUAAACUGUAAGCUAAUAACUGUGACAAUAGGUAUUUUGUAAAGCAAAAUGAAAAAAAUAUAUAUUUUUUUACUUAAUUUUAUAACAGAAAAUCUUUUAAAAUAUUUUUUAAAGUUGAGAUAAUGCUUCUGUAAUAAAAGAUGCAUUUAUUUAUGUUUUUUUUGCUCAUCUUUUUUAGGGGGUUAUAGUGAAGAGUUAUGCGGUGAAAGGACAGGGAUAACUGCUCAAAAUUAAAAACACACACUUGUAUGUAUACCCUUUCAUAUUUGAUUUAUUGACUAAACUUAAGAAAGAAGGGGGGAAAAAAUCUGGGAAAUUCCUGAGAAAAAGAAAACAAUUAUUCACUUCCGAUCUCUAUGAAAGUCUGUAGCUUACCUCAUUUAUCUGUCAAACAACCAGAAAAACUUAAAGUACUACAGGGAUAG